GGAGCGGGAGCGGGCGCCGGCCGGCAUGGCGUGGCCCUGCAUCAGCCGCCUGUGCUGCCUGGCGCGGCGCUGGAACCAGCUGGACCGCUCCGACGUGGCUGUGCCGCUGACCCUGCACGGCUACUCGGACCUCGAGAACGAGGAGCCGGGCCCGGGCGGCGCCGCCUCGCGCAGGGGCCAGUCCCCCGCGGGCGACCGGGCCCCCGGCCGGGACGUGCCGCUCACCCAGUACCAGCGGGACUUCGGCGUGUGGACGGCGCCCGCGGGGCCCAGGGACGCGCCGCAGGGGCGCGGGCCCGGGGCGGGCGGCCGCAGGGGCAAGCCCUCCGCGCCCCCUGGCCGGGGCGUCUACGUGCUGCCCGUCGGCGACGCGGACGCGGCUGCAGCAGCGACCACAUCGUACAGGCAAGAGUUCCAGGCUUGGACUGCAGUGAAACCCUCAAGAUCCACAAAGGCAAAACCAGCCAGAGUCAUCACUACCCACACAUCUGGAUGGGACAGCAGCCCUGGGGCGAGCUUCCAGGUCCCUGAGGUGAGGAAGAAGUUCACUCCUAACCCUUCAGCCAUCUUUCAGGCUUCGGCUCCUCGGAUUCUCAAUGUGUGACCACCUGCGCCAGGGCGCCACAGUGCUGAGAGGCAGGCUCAGGACCCAUUGCCACCGCGGCUGGCCUGAGAGCAUGCCAUGGUCCUCUCCUGGGGGAAGGGCGUGACCCCUCAAUGCUGCUGUCACCAGGGCUGUAGAACAGAGGCACAGAUGGACCUGGCACUACCCAGCCCAGCUUGGCCUCAACCAUCUUCUUCUUCCUCAAGAAGUUUGUGGAAGGCUUCACAUCUGUUUUUAAGUGCCAUCUGGCCAUCCUUGAGCUUUUAUGUCUGAGGAACUUAAGGAUGGAUUUGAUUGUGAAUGGAACUGGCCCAUGGGGGCUGAGGAAUGUGGACGUGUCAGGUCCUUGAAAGAACCAGCAAUGUCUACUCUGGGUGGUUUUCCCAGGAUGCAUGAUAAUUUGGGUAAUUUUAUAACCUAUGGUAAUCCAAGAUGAUAUCCUUGGAUCUUCCUACAAAUGGCUCCAUGUUUAAGUUAUAGAAGAUAUCUUAGGUUAUCACUUGUAGUGUGACUCAUGGUAAUGCUAAGUGACCAGGAUGAAAUUUCCAGAAGAAAUAGAAUAUCAAUCAUAGGGCUUUCAUUACAAAGACGUAAUUUCUUUAUGACCAAAAUGAUCCUGUUUUAACAAAACAUUUCUUGGGAUUGAAUGAAUGACAUUUACCUUGUGAUAGGUCUCUAAAUAUUGAAUCCCCCAUAUUAUUAUUAAUACUAAUUAGUUUCCUUCCCUAACAUGGAUGACUAGGAAGGGCACUACCAUGCACACUAGGUAAGAACUGGGAGCAUUUUGGGGAAGAAGGUAGCAUUGGGCUAAUUCCCUGAAAGACCUUAAAAUGUCAUCUGCAUAACUCUCGCCCUCCCCCCUUCCCUUCUCACUUAGUGACCAGGGCUCUCCACCUGUUGAGGAGGCAGUGCAUUUUAUUGUCUUCGGAAAGCUCUCUCCUAACUUUCUCCAUAAAUUCUAGCCAGUGUGGCUGCAUGGGACUAGCCUGGUCCCUUCACUGCAUAGUAGCCCUUCAAACAAACAUUUAAAGGGUUUAUAUCUCUCCUUAAAGAUUAGAGGCACAAACUUGGGAGAGUUUUUGGUAAGGAAGCUUCAGGAUUUCCCUUUGGAUUCUUCUUCCUCUCCAGCCCACAGGAGGCUCCUCUGAUGAGCAUUUAAGCCGCAGGUGGUGGCACUCAGGUUUCAGAGCCUUGUCUCCAGCUCUGGCUGCCCAUGCAGCGUCCCCUCAGAGGUGCUAGCUCUGGCAGGCACAGCCCUUCCUCUCAUUCCAGCAAGGAAAAUGCUUUGAUGAGACUCACUUUAAAGGGAAGCCAGAAGCAUAGGCUUACACAGAAGGCUCCAAUAUUUCAGACUCAGUGAGGAAGGCCUGCCUGCAGUUAGAUGUUUCUAAGAAAAAAGAGACUGCCUGCUGGGCAUUCUGUGGGAAAUGUACAGACUAACCAUACAAUCUCAGAUUUUACUAAAAUGCAAAAAUGUACUGUUCAAAUUUUUUAAUUUCUUUAAAUUAUAAGUACAAGAGGCUUCUCAUAACUUUUAUCCUAUCUCUUGGUGGUAAGUAAGGCCUUUAAUGUAACAGGGCUGCUGCUGCAUCCCUUGGAGCUUGUCCACCCUGAGCGCCCGCUCUGUGGGCUGCAGGGCACAGUGGUGUUGUCCACAGAACCCACCAGGUGCCCCUUUCACUUCCCCCCUCUCCCACAUGCUCAUCCAGGAGCCUGUGGUAAACAGACUCUCUGUGAAGCUCUUUUCAGGCUGAAAUCCUGGCUUCUCCACUGACUAGCCGGCUGUGAGCAAUGUGAACUUCCGUUUCUUCAUCUGUAAAGUGAGGAUCCUACAUCUAUACCUGUUGGCUUACUAUGAGCAUCUGUGUUUAUUUUAUGUGCAAGGUGCUCAAGACAGUAAAUAGCCAGAGCACAGAUUUGUCUGCCAGCACCGUUUCCCCUUCCUGGCUGAGUCACCAAACCAGUCUGAAGAGGAGGGUGAAAAGUGCAGAUCCUGUUUCAGUCUGAAGUAGACUGAAAGUAUAGCUGUCAGAAUUCUCUUCUGUCUAAGCAAUCCCUUCCCACUUCCCCAGGGAGCCACAUCUACUCCCAUCUGCAGCCCCUAACAUUCUCCAACUUGCUGCCCUGUGCUCACGGCUGCUCACCUCCCCCUGCCCACUACCACACUGAACGGCACUUGGGAAGCCCACUCGUUCUUGUGCCAUAUGGAUCAGUCAGCCUGCUGUACCUCAGCUAGGACAAGCCAGGCCUGACCUCUGCAAGGCAAACUUCAUGCCCAAGAACAGGCAUCCUCAAUCUACGGCCCGUGGGCCACAUGCCGCCCACCUAGGACAUUUAUCCGCCCGCAAGGUGUUUUUGCCACUGCUGCCUGUC